AUGGCAGCUGCGGGUGUGGACCUGGGCUACUUGGCUACCCAUCUGGGUAUGCCCGAGAAGAACCUCGCCACCGUCGCCUUCGAUCCGACCACCGACCUCGUCAAUGCCAUACUAUCUGCCGUAGCCGCGAAGGGUCAUGAGUUCGAUGCCAUGUUCUCCCAGAAGCUUCAGUUGGAGGUCGAACUGGAGACCUCUGUCCGAGGCGCCGAGGCGCAACGCGAUGUGAGCAACGAAACUGCGAGGAAGGCAUUGAAGGAUGUAGAGGAGAUCCGGCAGAAACUGAAGGAAGAAGAGACAACGCGACAGUCAUUAGAGAACGAGUUACAGACGAUCAAGUCUUCCAGUUCCACUUCCCAGUCUGAGCUAGAUACACUCCGCGCUCGAAUUGCAUCCUUAGAAACCUCAAAUCGGGAGUCUCUCGCUAUCAUCGAAAAGAAGACCUCCGGGAACGACGAGCUUUCCCAGGAGUUGCAGGCGCAACAUCAGAAGAAUCUGAAGCUCAAGCAGGAAAUCGAAGCCCUUCAACAAUCUGUACAGAACGCGAACAACACCGCCAAUGCGUCCAAGUUUCGAGAGCAAGCGCUCCAGCAACAGCUGGAUAUGGCCAAACGCAGCGCUGACUUCUACGAGAACGAGCUGAAGACCAAAUCGGCCGAAGCACUCAAAUACCGAAAGGAGAAGGGUGCUCGCAUCACGGAGCUGGAGCGCCUGAAUGACGACGUCUCUUCGAACCUUGAGUCCCUCAAGCGGACGGAGCAACAACUUCGACAACGCCUCGACGGGGCCCAGAAGAAAGCGGACGAUGCUUUGACCAAGAUCCAACAGCUCGAAGAGGCGGCGGGGCGCAGAGAGGAAGACUUCAGACAACAGAUGGACACUGUCACGAGACUCCGUGAAAUGCAGGAACAACACGCAGACUUCCACAAGAAACGAGUUCAAGAUCUUGAAGCUAGGGAAGAGCAAGUCAAGCGGGAUUGCGAAGACCAAGUCCGACGGAUCAACGAAGAGCUUGCGAGAGUCAACUUGGACAAGGAGGAGCUUUCCCAGGCCAACGAUACGCUACAAGCCGAGAUUGGUCGGCUGGAGGCUAUGCUUGCUGGGCCUGCACCUGGCCAGCCUGGAUCUGCCCCCCAGACUCCCCGCGGACUGAAUGGAUCGACCUAUCGCUCCGGCUCCCCCUUUGCAACGCCAGGCUCGUCACGCAACUCGCUCACGGCCACACAAGCACUAGACAACUACUACAAGGUCAAAGGCCAAUUGAACGCUGAGAAGCAGCGCAGCAAAAAUCUCGCAAAGGAAUUGGACGAAGUUAUUGAGCAAUUGGAAGCCAAAGGCCCGGAACUCGAGGAGCUUUACGCGGAGAACGAACGACUUCAGGAAGAAAUCAAGAAAAUGUCACAUCUUUCCGAUGAAGGCUUCCGUGAGCGCGACACUGCCAAAAAGGCCGCACGCAAGGCCGAGAGUGCAGCGUCGCAGGCUCAAGCUGAAAUCACCAUUCUGCGCAAUCAAUUGCGAGACCUCAGUGCUCAAAUCCAAAUGCUGCUGUUCAAUAUGCACUGCCGCGAGAAAGGCAUGGAUGAGCUCUCACUCGAGGAGGCCUUGCACUUCCAAAAGCUCGAGAGAGGCCAAAUUGAAGGCGAGAUGUCGGAUGAGCCUUCUGACGUCAACAGCAUGAUACUCCAGCGCUUAGUCGUCUUCAAGGACUUGCAGGAAAUUCAGGAGAAGAACGAACAUCUGCUCCAAGUUUGCCACGAACUUGGCCAGAAAAUGGAGAACGAGGAAGCCAUUGCGGCCAAGAACCAAGCUGUCGAGGACCACAAGGAGCGCAUCCGCCUAGAGCAACAGUUGGAAGAAUUCAAGGACACACUCAAAGGAUUCCAAGUAAAGACGGAGAGCAUCACCAACGAGAGAGACAUGUUCCGCCGAAUAGUCGAAUCACGAGCUUCUGCCGACGAUCUUGCAUCUGCUCUUGGUCACCCAAUUCGGGACGGCGUUCUUAGCAGCAUCGAGCAAACCUCUGGAAUGAACGACGGCGGUUCUGAGUACGAUACUGUAGUGCGGAAUUUGCGACAGGAUCUCGACCAAAGUCAAAACGAACAUACUAUUGAUCGGAAGACGUGGAGGGAACAGAACGAAAAGCUGUCUUCAGAAAGAAACUCCCUUCAGGCGGAGGUCUCUAGAAUUAGGAGUCAGCUAUCCCUCGCAUCUGAACGAUACGAAAUGCUCCAGUCCAACUUUGCAGCUCUGCAGAACGAGCACAAGGAACUGCAGAAGAGACACCAGACCAUGUCAGAGUCGGCUGCGAAACAAGAUAUUCGGACGCAACAAGUAGCCGAGGAUCUUGUCGAGGCAAAGGGGUUGAUGGAAAGCAUGCGAAGUGAGAACGCAAAUUUGAAAGCCGAGAAGAAGCUCUGGAAGGACAUCCAGGAUCGACUCAGCCAGGACAACGAAAAUCUGAUGCAAGAGAAGUCACGCCUGAACGGACUACUAGCCACGCAACAGACGCUUCAGAAUGAACGGGACCUCAGCGAAUCAGAGACGAAACGACGCCUGCAAGGCCAAAUCGACACCCUCGAGGCCGAGUUGAAUACGACCAAGCGCAAGUUGGCCGAUGAGGUUGAUGAGUCCAAGAAGGCGCAGCUUCGAAAGGAGUUCGAUGCUCAGCAGUCCCAGAAGCGAAUUGAUGAGCUCACUUCCAACCUCAGCCAAAUCCGGGAAGAACUUGUUGCCACCAAGACAAGCAAGGAUCACCUGCAGACUAGAGUUGACGAGUUGACGAUUCAGCUCCGCAGCGCAGAGGAGCGUGCCGAACGCCUUCAGCCCCGACCCACCCCCAGACCCGGUUUCAUGGUGGCUGCGUCUGAGCAGGGCGCGACUCAGGGUGACACCGAUGAGCGUAUUCAGGAUCUAAUCCAUGAAGCGACCGAUCUGAAGCGCGACCUAGAGAUGACCAAGUCGCAUCUGGAGAACGCCCAAACCCAAGUUGAGAGGUAUAAGGAGUUGAGCCAGGCCUCAGAAGAGGAACUGGAGAGGUUGAAUUCGACCCAGGAGCAAUAUACGCAAGAGAUGGACGCAUCCCUGUCCGCCAAGGACGCCACGAUCAAGGAACUUGAGCAGCGGGUUGAGGAUCUAUCUUCCGAGUUGACUAGAUCUAACAGCGAACUGUCGACGCUGCGUGAUUCCCAGGCUGAGGUCACUCGCCGCUUCGAGGAAGAGAAGGCCAUUCUGGAAGAGGAAAUCAAGCGCCUCAAGGAUGAGGAAGAGCGCUACACAGCCUCUACCCAGUUCCACCAGCAAGACCUUCGAGCACAGGCUGAAAUCGCCACCAACGCUCAGCAAUCUUAUGAAAGCGAAGUCAUGAAACAUGGAGAGACCGCAAAGACUCUGUCCAAUCUUCGAGGCGAAUACAACCUAUUGAAGACCUCUGCAGCAUCCUUGAAGGCCGAGGCGGAAUCCGCGAAGGCUACCCUGUUACAGAGCGAAAGCUCCUGGGACGAGCGACGGCAAAGAUUCGAGCGCGAGCUCACAGAACUUCGAGAUCGACGGGACGAUGCCAACGCGCAGAAUAAGCUGCUCUACCAGCAACUUGAGAGUGUGACGUCACAGGUUUCCGCGCUGCAGCAGACUCGAGCUGGGACCGAUGAGUCGCUCGAGACGAUUUCAGCUCAACCCAGUAGCUCAGAUGUGGACAGAUAUCGAGAAGUGAGCAAUCAUCUCCGGCGCGAAAAUGAAAUCCUGGAGGUCCAGUAUGACCUGAAAGCCCAAGAAAGCCGAAGGUUGCAACAGCAGCUCGAAUAUGCCCAGUCUCAGCUCGACGAGGCUCGGCUCAAGCUGGAGCAGGAACGUCAAUCACACGAUGACAACGAGCGAAGUACCAUGGCACACAAGGACCUCAUGAGCAAGUUGGAUGAGCUUAACGCUUACCGUGCGAGCUCUUCGGUUCUACGGGCUGAAGCGCGGCAAACUCAGGCGCAGCUGACUGAAAAGACUGCCAAGGUGACAGAAUUGGAAUCCUCUAUCCAGCCACUCGAGGCUCAGAUCGAAGAACUUCAGAGUCAGCAAGCUUUCAAGGAAGCCGAGAUGAAGCAACUCCAGGAGGACCGUGAUCGUUGGCGACAGCGGACCGAGGAUAUCCUCUCGAAGCAUGGCCGUACGGACCCAGCGGAAUUGGAGGAGCUCAAGCAAACAGUGGCCAAUCUGGAAUCGGAACGAAAUGCUCUGCAGGAAGCAGAGGCACCGCUGAAGCAGAAGAUCGAAGAGCUUGAGAAGUCCAUUCAGGAGAAAGAAGCGUCGUGGGCAGUCCACCGCGAGAAGCUUAUCGAUUCGGCUAAAGAGCGGUCGAGACGGCUCGGAGCCGCCAAUAAGGAGGUGGUUGCGGAGAAAGAGCAACUGCAAGCCAGAUUCGACCAAGUCAAUGGAGAACUCUCGACGACCAAGCAAGAUCUGGAGACUUCUAAAAAGGAGAAGCUUGCGGUUGAGGAGCAAAUCUCAAUCUUCAAGCUUCAAGUAGAAGCCCUCCGAGAGGAAGCGCGGCAAAACGCAACUCCAAUGGCGGCCCCAACAGAUCCAUCCGGUGCGCAAACCGUUUCUGACUUGCAGACACAAUUAUCUGAAGUACGCACGGAAUUAGAGAAUGUCUCAUCGCAAAAGGCCAAGGUCGAGGAAGAGCUACAGGACGUCCGUGGUCAGCUCAACACGGUUGUGGCCGAAAGGGAUCAAGCUGUCUCCAACGCUCAAAUGCAGAUGACCAACGGAUACGCAACCAUGGAGAAUGGAGAGGUUUCCCAUGAAGAAAACCAAACUUUUGCGCCAUUGUCUGACGAUGAACGCAAAUCACUCCAGGAGAAGAUAUCUGUUGCAGAAGCCAGAGCUACCGAACUGGAGGCCAAGGUGAAGGAGCUCGAAGACAAGCAAGAUGCCAUCUUAAAAGCGCGAAGCGACAAGAUGAAAGAGACCUUGAACAAGCGUCUCAAUGAGUACAAAAGCCAAAUGGAAGAGGAGCGAACUACAAUGCGACAAGACAAGGAGAGGCUAGAUGCUGACUUCAAGCUGCGCAUCGAGCAAGAACGCAAGAUUUGGGAUGUAGAGCAUUCCAGUGCUCCCAAUGAAAGCAAUGAAACCAAACCUCCCAGCACACCUCAGCCACCUCAGCUUGAAACUCCGACACAGACGCCCAUUACCUCUGCUGAUCUGGACAAACUCGACGACAAAGCGAUUCGAGAUUUGGUCUUCACGAACACGACUAUUAAGAAUAUCGUGCAAACCAACGUCAAAAAUAAGCUCGGUGCUGAGAUCAAGAAGAUGAAGGAGGAGCAAGAGGCUGCGUCCAAGUCCGAGUGGGAGCUGAAGUUGACUCAGGCGCGAGACUCGGCGACUCAGCUUGCUACAUCGAAGAUGAACCUCAAGAUUAACAUGACUGAGAACAGGGCUCGGACUGCCAAUGCUAAGCUGGGCGUUGUAGAGACUGCAGCGAAGGAGACACCACAGCGCCCUGUCGGAGAAGUAUGGGCGGUCGCGAAGGAUGCGAGACCGGCGCCAACACCUAAGCAGCCAGCACCGGCAGCUGCACCAGCGACCACGCCUGGAGCCGACGUAUCAGCCGUGCCUCCAACGCAACCUGCGAAUACGACCACAAUCCCGGCUUCACAAGAAGCGAAAUCGACAGCAAGCAGUACCAUACCAAAACCUGGUGCAGCGACAACCCACGCUCAUUUACCAAGCAAUCCAUUUGCUGGGGGUGCUCAGUCAGGGCAAUUUCAACAAGCAGGCGCCAACCCGUUCGGACAGUCUACGCAAUCGAAUCCGCAACAAGCAACCACGUCUGCUGCACAGCCAUCCACACAACCAGCGGCAUCCCAGCUCCCUACAAAGGUGUCUGGCCUCCCUGUGCCCGGAGCUCGUAAACCGAGCGGGCCGAACCAACCACGGGUUGGUGCACGUGGUGGAGGACCGCAUCGCGGAGGCCGUGGUGGUGCUCAGCAGAGUCGUGCAAGCCUAAAUGCUUCAGCCGAGAGUUUCCAGCCUGGAAGCAAACGUCCUAGAGGAGACUCGGAGGCGGCAGGAAACGGCGCUAAGAGAUCCAGAGGUGGUGGACCCCAGUAG